AUGCAAAUCAACGACUGUAUUAGAGUAGUAGAGUCAAUGUCUGGGACACAAAAAAACGUCUAUUUUGGCGAAGGACGUGCACGGAAUGGUAGUCUUUUGCGUGGUAUUCUUGACGAACAGUGUGUCGUUUGGCUUGGUUCCCAAGCAAACCAUACUAUACCCACCUUUACACACAAGCUUCGCGAUACGAUAGUUUUUCUCGAUACGUCGAUCGAUUGUACCAAUCACAUUACUUCAUCGGAAUCCUCAGCUGUUCUUGUUAUAUCCGACGAGUAUGCGAUCGAUCAAAAAACAAUCGAAGAUAUGCUCAGUUUAGUUCAAGUGAAAAUGAUCUACGUCGUUAUCGACGAAUCUCAACUGAAUUCUAAUUCUAAUACACAAUUACUCUCGAACCAAAGAAUCAAAUACAUUUUUGAUGAUACAUCGACUGUAUUAAAACAAUUAUGUGAUAUUCGAGAACAAUUUUCGAUUCAAAUAGAUAAAUCAAUGUUGGCAUCAAGUGCGGAAGUAAAAAAUGCAGGAUCAGUGAAUAUCUGUCGAAACAACAGUUGGAUAUUAAAUCGAAUCAAUCGUCCGAAUGGGCGUCAACCUGCAGAGAUAAGAAUCGAUAGAAAUUACUAUAUCUGGAAAGCUAUUCAACAUGCUGAAAGAGCUGUAACAGAAGACAACAAUCAUAAUUACCUAGUCGCCGAAGAAUCUUAUAGGUCGGCAGUAAAAUGGCUUGCGCAUUCAUUAAAAUACAUUAGAUUGCCUGAUCAGAUGAAACAACAAGUCCAAGAAAAAUUAGAUAGCUACGCUAGUCGAGCAGACACGAUCAGAAGUAUUUACAAUGAGGAGCCAGUUGACAUUAUUGUACAAAACUGUGAUAGUUUGACGAACGAAAAUAAUAAAGAGUUAUCAGCCUCAUAA